AUGUCCCAAGUUAGUAGUGAGUUUAUCUUCUUCAAGGUCAAGUGCGAUGUCGAACCGGAGGAUCCUGGCAGUGACUUGGGCGUCGGCCUAAUGAGGGUCUUCCUCGCCACCAAGCAACAGAGCGGCCACCAUAAUUCAGCCUGGGGUCGUGCGGUGGAAGAUCCGAAUAUGAUCGUGUGGGCGAUCGACUGGACUGACGCCCGGUGCUCAAUAACCGCGUCGCUUUUGAAGCCCUUCCUCGCCGAAGACGACGAGCGCAUAACUGCAAUCUACGCAACUCUGAGCCCACCGAGCAGUAGCACCGAUACAUUAACCAAGAACCCGGUGACGGAGCUCUGUUUUCUGCCGUUCCCCAAUGACAUGUCGGCAAAAGAAGCUCGACAGCUGGAUGCCGACUUGAUCAAUUUCCGUACGGCGUUGGUCGUGGAGCUACCACAGGAACAGGGGCCUCGCUCCUGGGCGAUGGGCCAUGUCGACCGGCCGAGUACAGUGGACCACGCACAAAGCCCCAGUGGGCAGGCUCGAGUGCAUUUGCUUGCCGUGGGAUGGGAGAGUGUCCGGGCCCAUUCGAACGCCAAGAAGACCAAAGAGUUUAUCGACAGCAUCAAGCCGAUUCGGGAGAAGCUGCUUGCCCCUCCCGUGCCUGGAUUGGAAAUGAAGCAUGUUAGUUUCCAGAAAAUCUGA